AUGGAUUUAAGCGGGCUCAUAUUAGCUAAUAGAGGACCUAGUGAUAAUAAUGAUGGUGCUUCUGCAUUACGAGUGGGUCUAAUUCCUCAACAAUGUGGAUUAUUUUAUUUUGAAACUAUUAUAGUAGACGCAGGAAAUAAUGGGUGA